AUGUCAACCCUACAACAUGUAUCGCGAUGUCCAGUCCGAGCGAGUAACUCGCCUCGUUGCUCAGCCAUGGAGGUAAUCAGUGAGAAGGAAGCCAUGCGGCAGUGGUCGCGCAAGCAGCACUGCCAGGGGCGCACAGUGGCACUGGUGCCCACCAUGGGGUAUCUGCACGAAGGCCACCUCUCUCUCGUGCGCCUGGCGGCCUCGCUCGCAGAUGUGGUGGCUGUGUCCAUCUAUGUCAACCCCUCGCAGUUCGCCCCACACGAAGACCUCCUUUCUUACCCACGCGACCUCGCCCGUGAUCUCGCUCUUCUCAAGGAUCUGCCAGUGGCAGCGGUGUUCGCCCCAGCGGACCUCUACCUGCGCCCUCUCUACGCGCCCCCCGACCAGCGCCACGCCGUCGCGGAGCCACCUGCAGCAGCAGUGCCCGGCCCUGGCGGCGCUGCAGAUUGCCCAGCAGUAGCGAGCGCAGCGGCGCCAGCAGGGCACGAGACGUGGGUGACGGUGGAGCGGCUGCAGCGGCCGCUGUGUGGGGGCGGGCGGCCGGUGUUCUUCCGCGGCGUGGCAACGGUGGUGGUGAAGCUGCUGCACAUUGUGGAGCCCGAUGUGGCCGUGUUCGGCAAGAAGGACUACCAGCAGUGGCGCCUCAUUCAGCGCAUGGUGCGUGAUCUGGACAUGGCGGUGCAGGUGGUGGGCGCACCGCUGCUGCGUGAGGUGGAUGGGCUGGCCAUGAGCAGCCGCAACGUGCGCCUCACACCGCAGCACAGGCAGCAGGCUCUCUCCAUCAGCCGCGCGCUGCUGGCGGCCAAGGCAGCAGUGGAGGCGGCUCACAGCGGGGCGGGCGAGAGUGAGCGAGGCGAGGGGCACGCACAGGCGGCAGAUGCAAGCGCGGUGGUGGAGAGAGUGAGGCAAACGGUUGAGGAGGCAGGGGGGCGAGUGGAGUAUGUGCAGCUGGUGGAGCAGGAGGGUCUCGAGCCAAUCUCGCACAUCACUUGCCCCGCUGUGCUUGCAGUGGCAGCCCAUUUCGGAUCAGUGCGUCUCAUAGACAACGUGGAGAUUGAUGUUCACGCUUAG